AUGCACAGAGAGCUAUAUAACCUGAUCGGUAAUGCUGAAACGAAAGAAGCUGGCGCUGUGGUUCCAACAGAAAUCAGGAAGGGGUUUCGUCAAUUGAAUGCCCAGCUUGCUGGACGUCCUGCUAGGAAGUAUAAAUGGGUGCCUUUCAUAAACGAGGCUCGUAAUGAUAAUCUCCAGUUAUAUCAUUGGCAAAGGGUCGACAAGCUAGAGAAUCCAGAGCCAUAUCCAUUCGCAAAGUUCAAUAAGGUCAUCAAUAUUCCUGACUUUACCGACGAAGAAUAUGAGAAGUACUUCAAAGUGGCAAAGUGGACACUGGAAGAAACACGACAUCUUUUUGAUGUAUGUCGCCGCUUCGAUAUCCGAUGGCCCAUCGUGCAUGAUCGCUUUGAUAAGGAGAAGUAUGGUCAGCGAUCUAUGGAAGACUUGAAGGAUCGAUUUUAUGCCAUCACAAAUGAGCUGGCCCUCCUGAAGGAUCCCAACUGUGAGCCUAUUUGUUUCGACGCAGAUCAUGAGCGACGGCGAAAAGAGCAGUUGAAUAAGCAGUGGAAUCGAACUAAGGAGCAGUUGGAAGAGGAAGAAAUGUUGCUUGCUGAGUUAAAACGCAUUGAAGUUCGUAAAAGAGAACGCGAGAAGAAAGCGCAGGACUUGCAAAAGCUCAUCAAUAUGGCUGAAGCUCCAGCAAGCCCUUCAGUCAGUGGAACAUGUAUGUCGCCUGCUUUGGGUAAAAAGAAAGGUACUAUGCGACAGAAAGCCAGCUCCGCCGCAGCUAAUAGCACGACAACGUUUAACUUCAACCCUGUGGAUAUCUCCGUUUCUGCUAUUCGAUUCCCCGAGUUCAAAUCAGCUGGUGCACAUUUGCGAAGUCAGGAGAUGAAACUUCCAACAAACAUUGGUCAAAAGAAGUUGAAAAACAUUGAAGUAGUGUUGAGCAAGUGCAAAUUGGGUAAGUCGUCGCCAUAAAU